AUGUGGGUCGUUUGUUUUAAUAAUGGUGGUGGUACUAUAUUGACUUUAGCAACGAUUAUAAUCACAAAUGUUUCAGGUAAAGUCUGGUAGUUUUAUAAGCCACUUCAUUGUUGCACUGCGCAUUUUAUAGAUUGUGCCUAGAUUAUAAAAUGUACCCAAGACAAACAGAUAGACAAACGGACCGGUUUCGAGGCAAGAAUUAGCCUGAAUUUAGAGUCUGCAGUGCUUGGAUGGUGCAUUAUAAUAGUCUCUAGAGCAAGCACCGUUCGCCUCCUACGCACUUCGGACUUUAGAUUGUGUGCAUCCUCUCCAAAUGGCUCGUACAACUCCGUGAGAAGUGCGUAAAUUAAAAAACAACUUCAAAGCCGCUUGAAAAGUCCUUAAAAAACCAAAAUUAUUACAAGUACAUGAAACCCGCUUGAGAAUCACACAGAAUUUCAUAAUUUAAUCAUGCAAAUAUUUUAAGAACCGCCAUCUUGUUACCAGCGAGCACUACGUGAAUUUCUUUCAUUGUGGAUUCUGAAUUCAAUUCGGGUGUGAAGUAUUAGAUAUUGUGCGCGAGGGAAGUUUUCCUUGCCAGACAUUUUUGUUAAGUUCGGAACUUUGUUGAAUUUUUUGCGAUGGAGAAGCUGUGCAGGAAUUUUUUCUGUAUAUUUCUGUAUAUUCCAGGUAGUUACAGGAAAUUUUCAUUUUCCAUCACUUUCCCUUUGUGCUCUGCCACCCCCUCCCAGGAUAUCAAUGCCCCCCCCCCAAAUUCGUGAGAUUGCGUUGCAACGCACGAAAUGAUACACGUGCGAUUUUUUCUCUUGCCCCAGUAAUCUCGUUCCAUUGCCAGCUCCAAAGAAAAAUUCCACGUGUAACCUGAACUUUUACUAAUUUAACGUUUUCCUCACACUAACAGGUGAACAUCAUCUUCAAGACAAAAACAGGUACAAUAUUUCUCUAAAUUACAAUCUUCUCUAAAUUACUCUAAAUUGCAUGCCAGUGGAAGUGACUGUAGAUGGAAUGGUGGACAACGAUGAAGACACAUAUUCCUGCAAGCUAGACAUUCGAUUCUAACUCGAUUCGCUGGAAAACACGCAGUCUAGUUUAAAAUCAAAUGUCUAACCUGAAUCGCUUUUCUGAUAAAAAACACAUUACGCCCCGUACAGACCAGCAAGAUUUCCUCAACGAGUUUUCUUGCUCGUGUGGACGACGAACAAGUUUUUUCCGAUCAAUUUUUCCUUGACAAGUCUUACGAACCAGCACUAUUUGAGUACGUAAGCAACACUGAGGUAAGCAAUUUCAUAAUUAUGGAAAGUACUUCAUGUAAGACCACCAAUUCAAUUUCAGUGUGAUCAUAAAUGUUAGUCAUAACUCUGACCCUAACCUAACCCAAGUUUUAACACCAUCUGACUGUUUUAACCUACUUUUAAUUACCUGUGUUAUAAGUAUUAUGUGUUCCUUACACGAAGUAGUUACUAUAAUUUUUGUUCGGAGCUGCUUCCAACAAAUGAACAAAGUUAUAAACAAUUGAAUUGAAGCCGUCUGCGAUACCACACUUUAAAAGCGAAUUUCAAAAUAAACGAGAUUUACUCAGUGAAGUACUGGGCAAUUAUACUUGUCAAAUUUGCUUUGGUGGUCGCGCACACGAGCAAAUUUACUAGUUGAAAAGCUGUUAACACAGCUCCUUGUCAACGAAAAAUUUGUCAAGUUUUUCCGUACGCACGAACAAAUCAAACUUAUCAAGGAAAAUUUCAGUGCUCGUCUGCAUGUACAGGGCUUUAAGCAUCAUUGUGGCUUAACGGUGAAGCGUCGUUCUUCAUUAUUGUAUUCACCCAUUGCCAUACGCAAGUUUUAACAAUUGUUUCGUAGACGUAGAUUUAAAACUAUUAUAUCUUAGUGAUUGUUCAAUCUUUGUAUCGGUAUAGGACGAAUAGAACGUGCAUUCCUGCCGAAGCUGAACCAACGCUAAAGUCGAGUUCGUGUUAUCCUUUGGUAAACUUUACCCGUCCUUUUUGUCAAAAUCAUGGAAUCACUUUACCCAACUACGUAUAUCAGACACCCGACUAUCAGAAUAAUAGAAACAAUGAAGCUAACGCGGACUACGAUGCUGUGGUGAAGAUAGGCGCAUCACAAUUAAAUCGGUUUUUCGAAGUUGACAUCGGAACUAUUAGAAAGUGCGCACAAGUUUUACCCAUAGUGUAUUGUCAUCUAUUUUUUCCCAGUUGUGAUCGAACCCAAAGCGUGUUUAAAGAACAAAAGAUAUGUCGUGAAUCAUAUCUUGAAUUACCUCACAUGUGUGGUAAACUUUUUGAAAUGUUCUUAAGGUAUUAUAUAAUUAAAUUCCCGGAGAAAAAGAAGCUCUAUCUUGGCGAACUACAGCCGACUAGAAAUGCCGGUGACUCACCAGAAUGCUGGUAUUUCAAUGAACUCGCAAAGUCUACAGGUAACAUUAUAAUCAACUCUCAUUUUCAUUUGACAAAGACUUCUUCUCAUUUUACUCCAUCAUCGAAAACUAACCCUUCCUCCUUGGUUGUGUUCUGUAGUCAGACAUGGGUGAUAUGAAUGAAGCCAGAGGCAUUUUUAGUAUAGGUAUUCUUGGUAGAGCAUAUACACUACCACUCGUGGCUCAACCAGCGUUUAUCGUCUAAUCAUCAUAUUCUUUAUUGCAACACAUUUUUAGAUGCAUUUCCAGCUCCAGAAUGGGCUACAAACGCAGGUAAGAACCCAGAGCGGCCUAAAUCAAACCAAGGGUUAGUCGCUUGGGAGAAGAAAGCUUUAAUUUAUAAGCUCUUCCAAACAGCACAUGUGUUUCACUGCCAAUCCAAUAACACCACUUCCAAUAACAACAGACCUAUUAGGAAUAUACCUUUCUGGACCUCAGCAAAGAACAAUUCAGAACUAAUCAAGUAUAAAUAAUUUUAGUUCAGUUUAGGUUUCCAGUAUAAAUAUAGUUAUUUAGUUUAUGUUUUCCCCUGUGGCAACACUGGAACAAUAAGGGAUCAACAUUACUGGACCUCUAGAGAGAACAAUUUAGAGUUGUUAGAGCUAUAUCCAGUAUAAAUAAAGUUAGUUUAUAAGUUCUUUGUAUGUUUGCACGGCGAUAAAAUAUAUAAUAGUUUUGUUUGUGGAAACACAAAGUUAGUUUAGUUUGUGUUUCCUCUUGUACAGUUGUAGAAAUGGACCUAAAUAGGCAUUACUCUUACUGGACCUCAAUAGAGAACUGUUUAGAACUGAUAGAGCUAUCCAGCAUAAACUUUGACAAUAUAUAUUAACAUUAUGUACAAUUUAUAACAAUAUCUGUAAACAAUGUGGUGUCCCAAAACUUGGACAAUGAAUCCAGACUAACAAUCAUUUUUCCACACAGAUUGUCUGUACUUAAACGGGAGCAGUUAUCAUGGCAACAUAUCAGUAACAGCCUCAGGUAUUCCGUGUCAAUCAUGGACGGAGCAAUGUCCACAUCGUCAUACCAUGAACAAAACCUAUCCAGAACUGAAUAACGCUAAGAGUUAUUGUCGAAACCCUCAGAACUCUGGACAACGACCUUGGUGUUUUACCACAGACAGGAACAAGGGAUGGGAGUACUGUGAUAUCCUUAAAUGUAUACCAGGUAUAGAGUAAUAUUGUGCUGCGACAACCCUAAAUGUAUACCAGGUAUAGAGUGAUAUUGUGCUGUGAUAUACCUAAAUGUAUACCAGGUAAACUACCAAAGUUUGAGGUUGAAUCAACUGAAAAAGAAUUAAACAGUUAAUUUUGACCAUAUGGUCGCAUGGCGCCCUAGUUUAUACCUCCGAGCAGUCCGCGCAUACAACCUGCUUACUUUGUACUGUGUAAAUCAAGCACACAACUAGCCCACAUUGUCUUAGUUGUGUAUUUGAUUUACACAGUACAACACAAGUUGUAAGCUGGUUGCAUGCGACAGUUUUAGGCAAUAGUUGUGUAGUGCAAAUCGGCUUUAAGAAAAUCAAGUUAAUCCAAAUAGAAAAUUUCAGCACAUCAUGGUUGUUUAAAAGCAGCAACAAAACAUCAAUGUUUUCUUUUUUUGAAUAGUUGAUGGCAGUUACAGCAACUGGUCAUUAAACAGUACGUGCAAUGUAACUUGUGGUGAAGGUUUUCGUACAUGGACACGAGAGUGUAACAAUCCUGAGCCAGAGUAUGGUGGAAGAAAUUGUAGUCAGCUGGGAGAACCUGUUGAAUACAGACCAUGCUCAGCAAAGCCUUGCCCUGGUAUGUCAAUUCUUUAUUAAUAAAAAAAUUCUCAGUACAAAGCAACCUUUAAAUUCCCUUGGGUUUUUUAUUAUCUUUAGUUAAUGGUGGUUACAGCAACUGGACUUUGAGUAAGUCAUGCAAUGUUUCGUGUGGUGAUGGAGUGGAAAUAUGGCGACGUUUUUGUAAUAAUCCUGAACCAAAAUAUGGCGGUCAUAACUGCAGUGGUUUUUGGAACUCGACUGAGUUUAGAAACUGUAGCAGAACACCUUGUCCAAGUAAGGUUAAAACUAAACUAAAAUUACUAAACUAACUUUCUACAAACUUACUAUUCCAUACUGGAUAGCUCUUUUCAGUUCUUAACUGUGUUCCCUAAAGGCCUGGAAGAAACAUCCCUUAUUCUUGCUACAGGGGGAAAUACAGUAAAACCCCACAUAUAAGUCAUACAAGAACCUAGAUUUUUCCAAAUUUGCCUAAACAUGUUCUUAUGUGCAUGGUGCUUACCAGGAAAUUGAGCGAAACAGGUUCUUAAAUAGAUUUUUAUUUUCUUAAAAAAAGCGACUCGUUUUCGAUAGGUGUGGUAUAUAGUAAUUUAUAUAAAUUAUGCACAAAUUAUUUAACAGUUCAUGAUGCUGGAAAACAUUGCUUACACUCACUAGUAGUUGAGAUUGUCAUGAAGAAAUACAAUGGUUUGUUGUUGUGUUCAUUGAUGGACAUGUUAUCAGAAUAUUUCCACGGUCCUGGGUCAUUUUCAAUACUUUGUGAAAAGCUUAUUCUCUUUGAUUUAUAACUUUUUAGUUUUGACUCCGUAUGAUAAAUUAAGAACCUGCUUUGAAAUUCUAGCCUAAACAGGUUCUUAUUUAAAUGUCGUCUAAAUAUAAUUCUUAGCCUAACAGGUUCUUAAAUGCUAGGUUCUUAUAUGCGGGGUUUCACUGUAUGUACAUACCACAGUGCCAUGGACAGUGCUAGCUUAUUCUGCAUUUCUAUUUCUAGUCGAUGGUUCCUAUGACAACUGGACAACGUCACCAUGCAGUGCCACGUGUGGUCAAGGUGUGAAAAUAAGGAUACGACAGUGCAAUAACCCCCCUGGAAAAUAUGGAGGAAAUUGUAGCAAGCAAGGACCGGCUCAAGAGACUCGGAUAUGUAAAAUGAAACCUUGUCCAGGUAAGAUCUACCUCUAAUGGUUAUUAGUAAUGAUGACCCAAUUUUGCCAAAAUAGGUGGGUUUCACAAAGCUAAGCAACAGCGCAUGAUGUUCAACCAGAAGUCAUGAGACAAAUUUGUCCAUACUAUUAUUACGACCAAACAGGGCAAUCGAUAGGUGAGGUCGAAAGAAGCGUUUUCCCAUUCGAAUGAACAAAGAUAUUUUAAAAAUUUCAGUCCACUUCGACUCCCAGAUGAUUGGUACCAUCGUUGCUGCUGUUGUUUAUGUGAUCAUCGUAACAGUGGCAUGUCUUAUUUUCAUUCUUCGAAGACGACGUCGAAAAGCAAGUGAGGUCAAGUUUUAAUUUGUUCUAAUUAAAAGAUAAACUCAGGGACGCCGGAAAGUCGAUAAUUGGGGGGGGGGGCAGAUAUUCAUAUAUUCAUGUUUUGCAUAAUUUAUUUCCUUUGAAAGCGAUUGUUUUUACAGUCUGUGAACACGAAUAUAUGAAUAUCUGCCCCCCCCCCCAAUUAUCGACUUUCCGGCGUCCCUAAAUAAACUAGAAAUACAUGCAUGCAGCAACCCCUCGCAUGUAUUUUCCAAACAUUGAUUUAACAUGAAGUAUUCGUAAUUGAUCAACACUUGAACGCAGGCUCGCGUUACGUCAGUGUUGCCAUGGCAACACGAUAAAUUUAAUUUUUAUUAUAUUUUUUGUACAACACGCCACAAAUAGUUGAAAAAUUAUUGCUUUUAACUAUAUAUUUAAACAAUGAAUUUCCGAAAUAUGUACUGUAGGUAUGUUGUUCUGCAUUUUGUGAGCUUUGAUUUAAUGUAAAAUUUAACUUGAAUCGCUUCGUAAAAUGUUUUGAAAUGUUCGUUUUAAUAUUAAACUAUAAAGUGCUAUUUCCGAUAUACAACUGUACGAGUUUUUAGUUUAUAAAACAAAAUAAGUUCAAAUUGUUGAGUAAUUUCAGUUCGGUUUUCAAAUGAAUUUGCUCUCCUGUACAUUUUAAACUUUAAUGCAGCUUCAUUGAAAAGGACAACAGUGAACCAAUUGUUCUCACUUCUUCAAACAAAAAUUUCUUCAAAUUUUCCAAAUAUAUGAUUUUCCAAAUAUAUGCUUUUGAAAAUUGGAAUCUUGUUUAUCCCGCUCCUGGCAAACAGCCAUAUUUUUUAGGUAAGUGAGGAUGACCGCCCACGGUUGGUGAACCGUUGACUUCGCUAAUGCUUCCCUUCCCCGGGUGUAAAUAGCCGGAGGGAAUUAGUACCCUCGCACGGCGCUUCGCGCCGUCGGCUCGGGGAUUACAAGUAAUAUCGUGAUUAUGGUGUACAAACUACAAACUGCGGUAUUAAAUUAAGACGACUUCAUCCCAAACAAGUUUUCUGUAAAUAUUUCAACAACACUGUUGAAUAUUAAUUCGAUUGGUUAAUUAUCACAAAAAUUUAUUGUCUUGGCAGUCAAUAAGUUGGGCACUGUUGAAAUAUUAAUAAGCAAAAAUCAACAUAAAAUCGUAGCUCAUUGUGGACUCUUUAAAGUUUGUGGAACUUCCAGACCAUAUGUCGACUGACUGAACUGACUAUUUUAAAUUUUUAUAUUUCCAGUGAUACUUUUGUGACAUUACGAACAGAAACGAUGAAAUUAACGUAUGCUGUAAUUACUGAUCUACAUAUUGAAAUUUGUUUCUCUAGGCCAUCCUUAUUACGCCCGUUUGGAUUUUUUACGUCAACGUCCCCGCGGUCCUCUACAACUGGAAGACAACAAUACUUCAGAAGAAGUUGCGAGUUUAUCACAAGAGACUAGUACUAGUGCUGAUUAUGGUAAUGUCAAUACUUCAGAAGAAGUUGCGAGUUUAUCACAAGAGACUAGUACUAGUGCUGAUUAUGGAAAUGUGGCAAGUGGAGGGGAGCCAGUUCCAGGCCUCUCGCGUGGUAUAGUGCGCUAUGGAAGAGAUUACAUGAACACAAGACCCGCGCGAAGUUCAUGGUAUGACAGACUUCAGUUAAUUCGUCCAUUAGCUAUGGAGUGGCUUCGAAACGCUUGGGGAAAUGUUGACGAGUUUGGCCGCCAUGUCUAUGACGUCAUGCAACGGGUCAGACAUGUUUUUGUCCCAUACAACAAGUUGAGCAAUCUACUACGACGUGACUCGGCCGGAAGUGAAGUGGAGAGGAAUAAUGCUUAUAGUACAUUGGAAAGAUCCGCAGCAGUUAUAUUGCCCACUGAAAGUGAGAAUGCGUCGACGACUGAAAAUGUUUGA